UUUAACUACCUGUAUCACUCCAGCCACCAAUCAUGCACUUGCCUAUUUCCCCAGACCAAGGAAACUGCGGUGAUUCUUUAAGCCCAUGGCAGGCCAAUUCAACUACUCAAUCUCAUUCGCAUCAGAAUAAGUGUUUGGACUGGCAGGAGAGCCGUGCGCACCUUCUGUUGCUUCCAAAAGAUGAGAGUGAGGUGUAUGCAGUUAUGCAGAUUGUUCACAACAAAAAAGUGGACUAUUUAAAGAAAGCAAUAUUUGAGCUGCAGAAACAAAAUGCAGUGCUAGUGGAAAAACUUAGCCAAUGCUCCAAAGUGGAGACAUGUGUAUCUAACUCUCAGAAGGUUGACCUCUUGGAAGAGAAGAUUCAACAACUUGAGAGACAAUUGAACGAGCAGAAAUAUUUCGUGCAGCAGCAAGAAAUGCUACUUAAAUCUCUUCUCAACUCAAAAGCACUCUUGAGGGAAAAAUUUACAAAGAAACUGAAGCUUGAGAAAAACAAAGUCAAAACUGAAAUGCAGGCACUUCUGCUUGAAGCAAAAGCCCAACAUCUUUUAGCAGAGGCCAACCAAGGAACAGAAAGGGGCAAGCAACUUGAGGCAUAUGUUUCACAUUUCCAUGAAAAAUUUCAAAAUCUUCUAUUGACCAACCAAGCAAGGAAUACUGAGAGUCGUCACAGUGAUUUGCAGAGAAUAAGUGAGUUAGAGAUGAAGCUCACAAGAUCACUAGCAAAUGUGUGAACAAGGAUGGAAAUUUAUACAUUUUGCAAGAAAAACAUUAACAACC